UUCGUCACGGGAGAAGAAGCAGGUCGUGCGGCUGUGGGCGGGGUCGAGAAUUUGGAGCGUGGAGGUGAUUGAUGGGUCCGCGACAGCGAGGCUGAGACAGAAACAGGCUUGUGUGUAGGCCUGACGAGGGAAGGAGGCGUUGCUUCUAUUCCUGUGCCGUAAACGGUGAGAGAGAAAGAGCAAUGUCGCGGCGCUGGUAAGCCCAGGCCUUGGCGGAAGUCAAUAUGUUGUCAAUUCGGCGGGCGGUUCAGAAUCUGGGUUUGAGACUCAGAUUUCACCUGUUCCGGGAUAUCGGACGCCAGUAUCCGGUCUUCUGCUUCAUUAUGUUGCUGCUCACUCUUUCCACCCUGCUGUUUAACAGGUAUCUACACAUUCUUAUGAUGUUCUGGUCAUUCCUUGCUGGAGUUGUGACUUUCUAUUGUUCACUUGGACCUGACUCACUUUUGCCCAAUAUUCUCUUCCAUACUGAGCGAAAACCAAAGCAACUAGAACAGCAAGAACUCUUUCCCCAAGGUCAUAGCUGUGCUGUCUGUGGAAAAGUCAAAUGUAAAAGACAUAAGGCCACACUGCUGUUGGAAAACUACCAGCCGUGGCUGGGUUUGACAAUUAGUUCAAAGGUGGAUGCUUCUCUGUCUGAAAUACUGGAGCUGGUGAUUGAAAACUUUGUGCACCCUUGGUACAGGGACUUGACUGAUGAUGAAGCCUUUAUUGAUGAACUAAGAGUAACUUUGCACUUCUUUGCUGCUGUUCUAGUCCGCCGAGCACAGAAGAUUGAUGUUCCAGUCCUCGUAAACCAGAAGUUGUUAAAAGCAGCAAUGAAGCAUAUUGAAGUUAUAUCAAAAGCAAGGCAAAAAGUAAAACAUAGUGAGUAUUUACAACAAGUUGCAUUGGAAGAGUAUGGACCGGAUCUGCACCUAGCUCUGAGAAGCCGUAGAGAUGAACUCCAAUAUCUUAGGAAAUUAACUGAAUUGUUAUUUCCAUACAUCCUACCACCAAAAGCAACAGAGUGCAGAUCUCUAACCUUGUUGAUUCAAGAAAUUCUAGCUGGGUCAGUGUUUCUUCCCUCUUUGGACUUCUUGGCUGAUCCAGACACGGUGAACCAUUUGUUGCUGAUUUUCAUAGACGAUAGCCCGCCAGAACCAGCAACAGAGCCUCCCUCGCCUUUUGUUCCAUUUCUUCAGAGAUAUGCUGAUGCAAGAAAUAAAGCCCAAUCGGCCCUAAAACUUGAGUUAAAGGAGAUAAGAGAGCAACAGGAUCUACUCUUCUGGUUCAUGAACUUUCUGAAGCAAGAGGGUGCCGUGCAUGUGCUGCAAUUCUGUUUCACUGUAGAGGAAUUCAAUGACCGGAUCUUAUGUCCAGAGUUGACUGAUGAUGAGAUGCAAACUCUUCACGCGGAAGUGAAGAAAAUUUACGUGACCUAUUGUCUUGAUGAAAGCAUUGAUAAAAUCAAAUUUGAUCCAUUUAUUGUGGAAGAGAUACAACAGGUUGCAGAAGGAUCUUACAGGAAUGUAGUGAAACUUCAGACCAUGCGCUGUUUGUUCGAGGCAUAUGAACACGUCAUGAAUCUGCUUGAAACUGUAUUUACGCCUAUGUUUUGUCACAGUGAUGAGUAUUUCAGAUAUUUGUUGAAAGGGGCAGAGUCACCAACACGCAACUCCAAAUCCAAUAGAAGUAGCCUGAAUUUGGAUGAUUUUCGCACCGAACAGGAUUUAAAACGGGGCACUGAAUCUGCAUCUCUAGGGCAAGCUGCCUCCAUGAAUCAAGGGUCUUCAUCUGCAUCUGUUUUUCCUCAUGUGCAGUCAAUCUUAACACUUCCAUCUGGCAUUUUACCUUCUCUCCCUGCUGCUAUAACGGGCUCCAAUAAACGUGGAGAAUCUUUUGGAAUAAGUCGAAUAGGCAGCAAGCUCAAAGGAGUCUUUAAAAGCACAACAAUGGAAGGAGCUAUGUUGCCUAACUAUGGAUUGCCAGCAGCAGAUGAUGAUCUUGUUGAAGAAGCAACAGUUGUGUCUGAGGAUGAUUUAAUUGAAGAAUUAGCAAUCACUCCCAAUGCUCAUCGUAACCUUUCUGCUUGGAAAAUAAGCAUUCCAUAUCUGGACUUCUACUUUGACAGUAAAAAGGAGAAAGUCCCAGUCUUCUGUAUUGAAGUAAUUCGAAAUGAAGAUGGGUCAGAAGGACGUGAAAAUGAAAACUGCUUUGUUUACCGAAGAUAUUUUGAAUUUUACGUCCUUGAAUCGAAGCUUACCGAGUUUCAUGGAUCUUUCCCAGAUGCGCAGCUUCCUUCAAAGCGACUCAUUGGAUCCAAGAACUUUGAUUUCCUAAAUUCUAAACGAGAAGAGUUUCAGGAAUAUCUGCAGAAUUUGCUGAAACACCCAGAACUAAGCAACAGCCAACUCCUGGCCGAUUUUUUAUCCCCAGAUGGCUGUCAAUCACAGUUUCUUGAAAAAAUUCUUCCGGAUGUAAAUCUGGGGAAGAUUAUCAAGUCUGUCCCUGGAAAACUCAUCAAGGAGAAAGGCCAACAUCUGGAGUCAUUCCUCACAGCAUUUAUCAACUCCUGUGAGGCUCCCAAACCUAAACCAAGUAGACCAGAACUCACCAUUCUCAGUCCUACUUCGGAAAACAACAAAAAGCUUUUUAAUGACUUGUAUAAAAAUAAUGCCAAUCGUUCUGAAAAUACAGAGAAGAAAUAUAACCAGAACUACUUCAUGGAAAUGAUGACGUUAGAUGGUGUUUACGAUUAUCUGAUGUAUGCGGGGCGUGUUGUUUUUCGCAUGCCAGACUGGUUGCAUCACUUAUUAAUGGGUGGACGGAUUCUCUUUAAGAACACGCUUGAAGCAUAUUGUGACAAUUACCUUCAGUAUAAGUUGAGCCAGUUGUUACAAGAACAUAGAGUGGUUUCCCUUAUAACUCUGCUCAGAGAUUCUGUCUUCUGUGAGAAUACGGAGCCUCGAUCUCUUGAAGAUAAACAAAGGAGAGCAAAAAACACUUUUGAUGAAAUGAUGAACUACAUUCCAGAUGUUUUUGUGAAAUGCAUUGGAGAGGAAGCAAAGUACGAGGGAGUCAGAUUACUAUUUGAAGGGCUUCAGCAGCCAGUGCUCAACAAACAGCUGACAUAUGUACUGCUGGACUUAGUACUACAGGAGCUGUUUCCUGAGCUCAAUAAGGUGCAGAAAGAGAUAGCAUCUGUUUCCAUGUGGAAGUGAAGAAUACUGCUACCCAUCUUCCAUUGUGAGAUCCUUUUUUUUUAGGAGCUGGAGUGCAAUAGAACCAUGCUGUAUCAAUGUGGCAGAAUUAUGUGUAUGCAAUACUGAAUGUUUUUAAUGAAACUUGUGUAAGUAAAUGUGAAUAUUAGUUUUAUGAAAUUCAUGUGAAUGUGAACAUUAAUUUAAACCUAUGUGUAUUACACUACACUACACCAAUAAAGGAUAUUGUAUCAUUGUGUUGUGGAAA